AUGUCAACAUCUCCAAUACAACCGGAACAGACAAGCAUACAGCAAAAGGACCCCUUGACUCCAAAUGUCGAAGAUUUAUAUCUUGAAUCUUACGCUUUCACAACUGCCGCUGCUAUAGUCGGGUCUGUAGACAGAAAGAUAUUUGUAGUAUUGAGAGAUGGAAGAAAUGUGUUUGGGAUUUUACGAACAUUCGAUCAAUUUGCUAACUUAGUGUUACAAGAUACCAUAGAGAGAAUCUAUUUGGAAACCGAAGAGGCCCAGGAAUCUGUGCCAAAACGUUUUGCGGAAACUUAUAGAGGUGUUUUCAUGAUCAGAGGUGAAAAUGUAGUCAUGAUGGGAGAGUUGGAUAUCGAUAAGGAAGACGACCAUUUGCAAGAAUGGCAACAGAUCCCAUUCCCUGAAGCUGAAAAGGAGUUGACUGCUAGCCAGGCCGCCAAGAUAAAAGAACAGAAGCUCAAAUCGAAGAAUUUAUUGACCAAGGGACUUAUCAGUGAUUUUGCACCCUCUGAUUUGUAUUGA